AUGUCGUCUUCAACCUCCGAUCCUGCCUCUGCAACAAUGGCCACUGCCUCUUCCUCCGCUGCUCCUGCAAAUCCUCUCUGGAAUCCUUUUUCCAACUCCCUUACUUCGUCCCUUACCCUCAAAUUAGAUCGUCUAAAUUUCUUAUCCUGGAAAUCUCAAGUUGUCCCGACUGUCAUAGGUCAUGAUCUUGAUGAUAUUCUCUUCACCGGAGCUCCUCCUCCAAAGAAUCUUGUCAAUGGCAACCCCAACCUUGAGUGCUUACAAUGGAGGAAAAAUGAUCAACUCUUGUUAUCCUGGCUUGGAUCUUCUAUGUUUGAGAGCAUUCUUGCCUCUGUUGCUAAUUACAACUCCUCUACUGCUGUUUGGCGCGCCCUGGAGCAAAAAUUUGUUUUUCCUGUUGAUGACCAAGACCUUGUUCUUCAGCUUCUAAAUGGUCUUGGUCGUAAAUUCGACUCGGUUGUAUCUGGAAUUACAUCACGAAGUGAUGCUCUUACUGUUGAAGAAGUUCAGGCCCUUCUUCUUACUCAUGAAUGCAGGCUCGAACACCAUCAGAAUAUGACUGAUCUUGCAGUCAAAAUGCAAGUCGAUCUUGCAUUUGGAAAUGGCAGAUCUGGUGGUGCUCGACCAUUUGCCUCAUCCAAGAACCCUACUAAUGAAGUUUUCCAACCCACCUCUGGUCGUGGGUUUGACAAGAAUUGGGUUGUUCCUAAAUCUCAUCAACCUCCUCCAAGGGCUCAUCUCACAGAUUUUGAUUUUGAGUAUGAUCCUCAAGCCUAUUCCACAACUCUUGUUCAAGAUUUUGGAGAUGAUACCUCUUGA